AUGCAGCCCACACGACGCGGCAAUGCUCAUGACGUGGGUGCCAGCAUUCUCUUCAUCCCUCCCACCUAUCUCACUGAACUGUCUCUAAAGUUCUACCUCAUGGCCACCACUAAGCCAGUUGAGAUUACGGUUUAUCCGCCACCUGAAGCAUCUCAAGGAAUCACUGUCCGCUGCUCGGAAGAGUUCUGGGACAAUACCGCUGGCAAUGGUGCCGUAUACAUUGUGGUGGAACGGACACUCAUGCGCCUCCCUCCAUUUUCCCUGCGCCGACAUUCACAGUACUUCAAUGACAUGUUCAGUCUUGAUGAGACCGGAGGAAACGGGCCCCAGGAGGGACACCUUCUGACUUGUCCACUCUUUAUGCCUUCCCAUAUCACGCUCCGUGCAAUCACACCACUCUUCCGUCAUAUCUACGGUGCUGUUCCGUACGUAUCUAUGCUGUGCUGUUCCAGUCGAGGAUAG